GAAACUUGAGAAAAAAAUAUUUUACAACAUUUUUGACUUGUUUUUUUAAUUCUAAACUGUUUUAUGUGGAAAUGUUCAUUUUUUAAGCUUUAAGAUAAAUAAUUUUUAUUAACAACCCACUCAGAAAUGAUUCAGUUUUAUGGGUUUUUACAUUAUCAUUCAUGUAUUUUGUGAAACAUGAUCCUUUCUCAACCUCAACGGGCGUUUUCGCAGUCACGGGAAAUCCAGAGGCGCUUGCACAUCCGUCGUUAGUUAGUCACCUCUGUGCGUGACAGUGAGCGUGCAUCUCGCAGCCAAUGGGAGGACUGAUCAGCCCGUGACGUGUUCUGACGCAACCUUGGGCCGGCGUCCCACAACGGUGGAGCUGUCAGAUGUUUUAAUCGGAAAUUCAUCUUUAAUAGCUGUAGUGAAAGGGCAGCAGACAUCUGUAGACUGACUGACUUUCAACCAUCCGGCUGGAUUUUCAUCAUAAAGAAUCAUGGACCUCACGGGCGAUAAGCCAAGUGCGCCUCGCAGCAGUCCUGUUUAUGUCCAUAACCCACACCUGGACAGUCUGAAAGAUGACGUUCUCUACCACUUCAGCCUUGGGACUAGAACUCACAACCUGCCAGCUAUGUUUGGGGAUGUGAAGUUUGUUUGUGUUGGGGGCAGUCCCUGGAGGAUGAAGUCAUUCACCGAGUACAUUGCAGCUGAGCUUGCGAUAGAAGAACCCAAUUCGGGGUAUGCUAAUAUCUGUGCAGGAACAGAUCGCUACACCAUGUACAAAGUUGGACCUGUACUCUCUGUCAGUCAUGGAAUGGGCAUCCCAUCUAUCGCCAUAAUGUUGCACGAGCUCAUCAAGCUCCUCCAUCAUGCACACUGCACAGAUGUUACAGUAAUUCGCAUUGGGACAUCAGGGGGAAUAGGACUUGAGCCUGGCACAGUUGUCGUAACCAAGCAGUCAGUGGACGCCACCUUUCUGCCCAGGCUAGAGCAGGUGAUCCUGGGAAAGACGGUGGUACGCAACACAGAUCUGGACCAAGGUCUGGCCGAGGAGCUGCUGCAGUGCAGCAAAGAGCUUAGCCAGUUUGAGACUGUAAUUGGCAACACCAUGUGUACACUUGAUUUCUAUGAAGGCCAAGCCCGUUUGGAUGGUGCCUUGUGUUCCUACACGGAGAAGGAUAAACAGGACUACCUCAUUAAAGCCAAAGAAGCCGGAGUUUGCAAUAUAGAAAUGGAGUCGUCUGUUUUUGCUGCUAUGUGCAAACUGAGUGGCCUGCGAGCGGCUGUUGUUUGUGUGACACUUUUGGAUCGACUGAAGGGAGAUCAGCUGAACAGCUCUCAUGAUGUUCUUCAUGACUACCAACUACGCCCUCAAAUCCUGGUGGGUUACUACAUCAAGAAGCAUUUAAAGGCCAAAGGAGAACAUGUGUAACUCUAGUUGUUUCACUUUUUUUUUUUUUUUUUUGCAAGUAAACAUUCAGUUUGUGGAAAAAUCUGUUAAGCACUAAAGAUUGUCUAGAAUAGCUCUAAGUUAUUCUGAUUGACAUUUAUAUUCAUAUUCUAUUGAAGAAAAGCUUGUUCAUUACAUAUUAGAUUUAAUUUAUUGAGUGAGUGAAUGAGUGAGUGAGUGGGUGAGUGAGUGAGUGUGCUUUUUUAAAUUUUAUUUAGACAGAAUGAGUGAAUCUAAGAAUCUUAAACUACAGAAAACGGUGCUCAUUAUACUGUAAGUUAUAUACCUGAUUAAAACGAAACAAGUCUUUCA